CCCAGUCUCUCCAUCCCACUCAAAGCACCUCUCUUUGCUUCUUCUCCAUUCUAUCCACCUGUCCUUGGUCAUGAUUCCUGAAUUAGAGAAGCCUCGAAUCACAGAGGUACAAGUCCGGAUGGACUGUAAUGGGUGCGUGCAAAAGAUCAAGAAGGCUCUAAGUGGCAUUAAUGGCAUAUACGAUCUCUAUAUCGACUUUCCACAACAAAAAAUAACAAUAAUUGGGUGGGCAGAUCCUGAAAAAAUAGUCAAAGCCGUCAAGAAGACAAGGAAAUCGGCUACCAUUUGCACACAUACAGAACCAGCAGAUCAACCAACAGAAGCUGCUCCACCUGCAGAGACUCCCCCAGACCCUGAUGCAGGAAACCCUCCUCCAGCAGAGGCUCCCCCUGCUGAAGCAGCUCCACCAGCAGAUCCACCAAAAGAUCAACCACCACUUGACAAUCCACCCUCAGAGGUGACACCUUCACCAGUAGCGACCGACACUAUUGCAGACCAAACACCGCCAUCCAAACCAAACAAUGUUGAACAGGUUCAUGUAAUAUACCACGGCGCGCCAGAAUAUGGAUACAGAUACGAUUACGGUCAGUAUUACCCAAAUGGCCCGGGAGUAAGAUUUGAGCCACCCCAGCCUGUUUACGUGACUCAUAGCUACAACAAAUACAAGCCAUCAACUUAUGUCACUGAAUACGAGCACAUCCAAUCACCACCAACCUAUAUACAUCACAGCAGAGUUGAUCACUACAGCGAGGACCAUUAUCACAACAAUAAUGUCAACGGAAACUUCAGUGCAAUGUUUAGUGAUGAAAACCCAAAUGCUUGUAGAAUAGUCUAGGAGGAUAAGGGAGGGUAAAAUGAUACACAAUGUUUUCCCUUCAGAAGUCUUAGCUAAAAAGCUACAUUAAGAAUAAUUAGUGAGAGAUUGUACCGAUGCAAUAUUUUCUAAUAAGCAUCUGUUAGCAUAGAGGCAAAAAGGAGAUUCUUGGCCAGUAAGUGCAGGAAGAAUCGAUUCCACUUCUCAGAGAGUUUAUACAUGCUGCCUAAUAUUUAUUUCUUGAGGAA